ACAAGAAGCUCUUCUUUUCUGCUUCUCCUCCUCAUCAACCACAAUACAGAGAAAAGCUUAAAGCUCAGAGAUGGCUUUCCACCAAAGAUCGACAAGUUUUCCUUCUAGGGCUCACGUCAGUGAGACUGAAGUCGAGCAAGAACUCCACAGCCUAGAAGCAAGCAUCUCUUCCUCCAAUUCCAUCAGCACGAUGUGCGUUGGUCUCAGGAGUCUUGCAAACAUCUAUGAUGCUCUUGAAGAGAUGAUUUGCCUACCAAGCAACCAAGUUUGCUCCUCCCAGCAGAGGAACAUAUUGGAUGGUGAAAUUGAAGGUUCUCUCGAGCUGCUAGAUCUCUGCAGCGCCAUGCAAGAGAUCUUCGUCGAGAUGAAGGCUAUCAUCCAAGAGCUGCAAGUGGCUCUAAGGAAAGGCGAGGAUGCCGCCUCUCAAGCCAAGAUCCAAUCUUACACCCGCUUGGUAAAGAAGGCCAAGAAACAUUUCAAGAAGACUGCGAAGAAGGCUCCUGCAGCUUGCAGGAUAGUCAUGCUGUUGGCCAAGGCCAGAGAGAUCUCUGUCUCUCUGCUGGAGUCCACACUCCAUCUCUUGUCAAAGCAAAUCGAAAUGCCUAAACAGUCUCUUGUUUCCAAGGCAUUUCACAAGAAGAAGGCAGCUGUUUGCAAGGAGGAGCAAUUGUCAGGGCUAGAGUGCAGUAUCGGAGAUCUCGAGAGCGGAGUAGGACAUCUGUUCAGGAAAUUAGUCCAGAGCAGAGUUUCUCUACUCAACAUCCUUAGCUCGUAGAUACUCCCAAGUCACUCUUGACACUCUGAUUGGCAUCCACCUUUUAAGGAAUAGCUGAUCUUCAUACAGUUUUCCCAUAUUUAUACACGAGAUAGUAUAAAUGUAAAUGAUACUAUAGAAAGAGAAACAGAAGUUUUGAUCCAUUUCACCAUUUCA